AUGGCCUCCAACGACGACCAGGGCGCUUCGUAUGAAGCCGAGCAUGUGCACGAGGUUUACGAAGAGAUUGCAUCGCAUUUCUCAUCCACCCGCUACAAGCCAUGGCCGAUAGUGGAGAGGUUCUUGAAAGAGCAACCAGACGGUGCUGUUGGCGCCGAUGUGGGUUGUGGGAACGGGAAAUAUCUGGCUGUUAACAAUGAGGUGUUUAUCGUAGGUUCUGAUCGGUCAACAAAUCUGGUCAAAAUUGCAACACAGCACGAACCACACGAUGUUGUCGUGGCCGACAAUCUUUCCCUUCCGCACCCACCCCACAGUUUCGACUUCGCCAUCUCCAUAGCUGUUGUUCACCAUCUGUCCACACCAGCCCGGCGAGUGGAAGCUGUGAAAUGCAUCUUGGAUCUCCUACGUCCGUCACAAGCAGGCGCAGAGGAGAGCGGAGGCAAAGCACUCAUCUACGUCUGGGCACUCGAGCAGAAGAGCAGUCGGCGAGGGUGGGACGAGGGUGGCGAGCAGGACGUCAUGGUGCCAUGGGUCAUGACCGCAAAGAAGGAGAAAGUCCCGAAGAAGAAAAAGCCGCAGAAGAAGAGGGGCCAGGACACCAUCACGCAAAACGGUGAUGAAGCAGAAAAGAGCGCAGAGGAGCCAGCGGUGGGGAGAUCAGAAGAAACGGUGGAAGCGAAGCCAGAGGGUGAUAAGACAUAUCUGCGAUACUACCACUUAUACAGGAAAGGCGAGCUCGAGGAAGACAUAGAGCAGGCUGGUGGCGUGGUCAUUGAAAGUGGGUAUGAAAAGGACAACUGGUGGGGAAUUGCAAGGUUGAAGUAG